CUCAGCAGGCUGUAACCAGCAGGCUGUAACUCUCCCAUUCUACAUCUAAAGGUAUUCUUCAGGAUUCAGAUCCAGUGAUUGGGAAGACCACUGAACAAGGAUGAACUAAUUGUCUUGUUCAUGAAACCAGUUUGAAAUGACUGAUUUGUGAACGAUCGCAAAGAUCCUGCAUGCUCACUGAACACUCAUCUUUCUGUUCUCGGCUCACAGACGUGAAACUUGAUGUGCUCUUCUUCUGUUGAAUGUGUUGGGCAUUCUGAGAUACUCAUCACAGUUGUGCAGAGUUGCUAUCUGGAUAUCCUCAUUCAACCUCUCAACAACAACAUGGCACUUCUGGCCACAGAUCAUAUGUCUCCCCAAUCUGAGGGUUGAUGUGAACAUUAGCUGAAGUUGCUGGUCCACAUCUUACACCAUCUUUGUAGGUCAGCAGUGCGAUACAAUCUUACUACAGCCUCGAUUCAAAAAGGUGUUUUUUCCACUUAAAACCCAUUUUUACUUUUAAAAUUUACUUUCUCAAAUGUGAUAUUGUUGUGCUGUUCUGCGCAUAACACAAGUACACACACACACACACACACACACACACACACACACACACACACACACACACAAACACACACACACAAGUACACACACUCACACCCACACACACACACACACACACACACACACACACUCACACGCACACGCACACACACAAGCGCGCAGUGUCGCGCGCACUACCCAAUCAAACUGGCUCCGCACAUCUGGUGAAGACACAAGACUCAGUAGAGAAUGUCUCCAAGAGAAUCAUUAAAGAGUCGGCUCUCAAUCUUCGCCUAAAAGAGAGUCGAGCUGUUCGCGAAUGACACUAUACUGGAUAAUCACAUAGAUCUGCUGGCUUCAGUCUGGUUUUACACGCUGUGGCAAAACAAAACAAUCCAAUUCCUAAUGGAUGUCUAUUCUUCCAAACUUUCUCCCGCGGUGGAUUAUGGAGCCGGUUCCUUUCUGCUGCUGAUAGCUAUUUUGUCCAUUGUGGGGAAUCUCCUGGUCCUUUUCAUGGCAUAUAAGAGAUCAUCUCAGAUGAAGCCCCCAGAGUUUCUCAGCGUGAAUCUGGCAGUGACAGAUCUUGGUGCAGCAGUGUCUAUGUACCCUCUGUCUGUAGCUUCAUCGUGGAAUCAUUCCUGGUUAGGGGGUGAUGCCACCUGUAUUUACUAUGGCUGGAUGGGAUUCUUCUUUGGGGUAGCCAGCAUGGCAACCCUGACAGUCAUGGCUGUAGUGCGCUUCUCUGCAUCUAUGACGCUACAGUCUCAAUCAGAGAAAAUUAAAAAAAGGACGGUGCAGAUGUUGUUGGCAGGCACGUGGCUGUAUGCAUUCUUAUGGGCCAUGUUUCCUUUGAUCGGUUGGGGCAUGUAUGGCCCCGAGCCCUUCGGCCUGUCCUGCACACUGGCCUGGGCAGAAAUGAAGGAGCACAGCCCAUCCUUUGUUAUCAGCAUGUUUACUAUGAACCUGGCCAUCCCAGCCAUCAUCAUUGUUUGCUGCUACUUUGGCAUCACCCUCCAACUCCAUUACUCCUACAAGUCUCUACAGAAUGGCAACGUCACCCAGAAAAAAGUUAAAAUGCAGCGCCGAAUCAUGUUGAUUUCUAUUCUAAUCAGCGCUGGUUUCAUUGGUUGUUGGACUCCCUAUGGGAUAGUGAGUUUAUGGUCGAUCUACUCAACUUCUCCCAUCACACCCUUUGUCAGUAUGUUGCCCUGCCUCUUUGCCAAGACUUCCACUGUAUACAACCCACUAAUCUAUUACAUCUUUAGCAAGUCUUUUAAACAGGAGGUGAAUCAGUUUCUAAAGGCAUGCAAUAAAGCCCAGGCACAUCAUGGCUCUAAGUCAAACCUCACAGAGAAUAAAAUCUACAUGGUGUGUAAAGAAACCACAGUCAAAGAAGAGCUACAGAUGGAGCAGUUGGUUGAAAAGCACUGAGACAGAUGAUGUUACACAAUUCAUGCCUAUACAAUAUUCAUAACUCUGGGAUUUCUUUUUCCAUGUACUGCUUUUGUGUUUUAUUAAUUUGCCUGUAUGUCUGCUUGUUUAAGUUUUGGUUAUAUUUUGGUUAUACUGAAGUUUAAUUAACUAGCCAUCACAUAAGUUAACAUCAUUGGAAGAGUAAUUUCAAUUCUAAUAAUAUUUAGGACUAUGGGUGAAAUAUUCUAAAUAUAAUUCACUCUUUAUUUGUAAGGAAUAAUUUUUAUUUGUCAGUGAUACAAUCUUUGUUCUCAUUUCUUUCUGCAUGAUUUUGGAUAUCUGUAUUGUAUAAUUAUUGAUAGUCAUCGAUUUUGUUCUUGACACUGGAUCCAAAAAUAAUCAUAAAAAUAUAUAUAUUUUUGGUGACAUGUUUGUUCUAGCAAAUGUAUAAGAUGUAUUGUGGAGUACUGGAGAAACAGUUUGAUCAAGUGAUUUGAUUAUUGGGUUUGUGUCUUUUCUAUUAGGGUAGUGUUGGCUUUUCACUGAGAGAUAUGCAAUUAUUUUAGCAGCUCUUAUAAACUGAAUGUUAUAAAUGUGAGUACAUGUUGUACUUUGACCAAACACUACUUGGAUUCAUGUCAUUUUGUAAUUCUUUUAACAUGGUUUACUUUGACAGAGCAGGAAAUAAGCUGUAAUUCAACACAUAAGUAUAUGUAGAAAGAUACGUACACGUAUAUGCACAUAAGUAUAUGUAAAAACAUACAUACAUGCAUAAUUGUUGCUUGCAGUUAUUGUGUUUACAAUGUGAAAAGUCUUUAGCUUACCUGUUAAGCGAAUGCGUCCACUUUGUUAUUGUCAGUAUGCUCACCAAUUUAAUUUCAUUAAAUUGGAUUGUUAUGCAGGUUACAUAAAACAUUUACUAAUCUCUAAUCUAUAACAAAACAGCAAAAUUAGCUAGACAUACAAUAUAUAUAAAAUGUGUUCUUAGCAUUGUAUUAAAUUGUUUUUACAUUGUUAGUGCUGUGUGAAAAUGAUACAAAAGGAAAUAUUUUCAGGUCAAAAAAUUAUUCCUGGCUUUAGCAUACUUUGUUGGAACAGUUUUUGCAAGAUAUUGAACAUAUUCUGCUUGAUGCAUCAUCAGGAAUGCUAUUUGAUAGACAGUAAUUAAAGUGGUCUAAAUAACAGGCUACAUAAAAUAACCACUGUGAAUUAUAAAAGAAUUAGAUUUCAGAAUUAAAUUGAAGUUCAUCCCUUUCUAUAACAGCCAUACAAAUUGCUUGGAUAAUAAUGAAUAAAUUGACUAUCCCCCUCCAGUGAUGCAAUAAUUGCGAAAUUAUUAUUGAUUGCAGCAAACAAUGCUAAAGGAGGGCAGCACAGUGUUCCUCCAUUCUGUGUAAAUACAUCAUUUAGAUAUACAAUUAGCUUUCUUUGUUCUUUGUUG